AUGGCGGGAGAGUGGCGAGUACUGGCGGUGCUCGCUACCGUCUUCCUCAUCGAUGGGUACAGGAGGUACACGAGUAGUCAGGCCGAGGAGAAGGAGAAGGCAGUCAGCGAGCAGGAGCUCGACCCCUCCUUCCGGUUCAAGGACCACGAAGCCAAUCGCCUCCACAUCCUGUAUUGCCAGGCAGGGCUCCCUGGCCUAAAGAUAACUUCGGAGGAGAACGAUGCUCCCGCUCAUCUUCGGGCGCUUGCCUCGAUGGUCAGCUAUGCUCAGAUGGCGGGAUUUGCCGUUGCCUUCUUUGGCACGCAGAUGUUUGCUGCAUUGAGUAUGCCUGUACCGCAAUGGGCGAAUUACAUGCAAGAAAACAAAGGAACUGCAAUCAUGGGAUUCUUCCUUGGCAACAUGGUGAUCAGUGGCCUCAUCGCGACAAACGCGUUCGAGGUGUACUUGGGCGGCGAGCUUGUCCAUUCCAAGAUCAAGACGGGAGUCUUGCCUGACAUCCAUUGGUUGGUCAAGGAGCUUGUAUCAAGAAAUCCUGCUCUUGAUCAAGCUGUUCCGAAAUGA